AUGGCUGUCGAUACCGUAAAAAUCGAGGCUGACGCAUAUAUGGUUUGUUUGACUCACGCGUUGUCCACUGAAAGAGAAGAAGUGAUGGGAUUAUUAAUAGGAGAGGUACAGUAUUUGUUUACAUGUUUCAUAUGGAAAAUAUCUAGGGGAUCUUGAAGGUAGAACCUGUGUACCAUUAAACUUUUACCAUUGGCAGUUCUGAUAAAAAACGCUGAUCAGAUCCGAUCGGCUUUCAGACUAGUAAAACCCUUACGACACACAAACUAACGAUCGGUAUAUCAGCUGUCAUGCAACGAACUAAACUAAUAAAGUAAAAAUGUAUAUCAUAAUGCAUAUUUAGCCGUGUUCGGGAGAAGAUUUAUUACUGAUCUGUAUUUGACAGAUUCAUUUGAUUGGUUUGACGGUAUCCGGUCACUUCGUGUCAUGGUAAGAUCGUUCCAAGCCAGUUUGUUCCACCUAAUAGUCACAUUGUUCCAUAAUAUAGUCAGAACUUUUCACGAGUCUUUAAGCUACAAGCAGAAACAAGGGUGCUACUCAUGUGUGUACCUCGUUCUUUGAGCCAUAAGCACCAAAGAGCGCACUUCACAACGAGUUUUACUCUAAAACUGUGGAAUGAUCUGACCAUAAAAUGGAACGAUCAGACUUGGAAUGAUCUGACAAUGAAAUGAAGUGAUCAGAAAAUGGUUUGACGUAUCUUAAGUUGGACUUCUGACCCAGCAGAUGAUCUUAACUUGAUUUAUGUAGACCCAAAUUAGAGUUUAGUUCAUCUCAUGAAAAGUUUCAUGUUUGGCCUUGAAACUGUUAUCCUUUCAAAACUUUCGGGGGAAGCAUCCCCCAGACCCCCAUUCUACUCGUGUAGUUGAAAAUGCUUGGUUGAUACAGAACUGACUUUCUUACAAGCUUUAUAUCCCAGUUUAUUGUUAUUUAUUCUUUCUCUUUUCAACACCAUAUAGUUUUUUCUUCAGAUGAUAUAUCAACAAUUUUUUUAAAAAGGCUUGAUAAAAACAUGGUUAAGGCUCCAUAGAGGCAUGAAGGCACUAUCUAUGCACAGUUGAUGGAAUUCAGGCUGGAUGCACAUUAAUUAGCUCCUUAAAGUGUGUGCCAAAUUCUCGUGCAAGCAAGAUAUACAAUGACAAAAUUUGAUCAGUUUUGUUAUGACUGUGAUCAUCAACACUGUGUGCUUAGCCUAGCUACAUAGAACAAUCUGUGAUUAUAGAUUGUUCUACAUGUAUGUAAUUUUGAUUCAUUUUGAAAUAAAGGCACAUUCACAACCUAGCCUCAGUGUAAAAACCCAUUUAACUUGUAAGGAAAUGACCAGGAAAUGAAGUGACGGUGGCAAGUGCCCGCAUUUCUUGUGCAUUGAUUUAAAGGUGAUGAUAUAUGAAAUGAUUUACAAUGAUGGCUUUAAACGCAACACAGCUUCGGAAUGUUGGAACAACAUUGCAACCAUUCGAUUCAAUGUUGCAACAAUGUUGUAGUGCUCCAUUGUGCUGAAAAUCGUCAUUGCUAAUUGUCCCGUGCAACAUCAUCUUAAAUGAGCCAUACUUUUUAAAUUUCAGAUUGAAGAGGAGAAAGUAGCUCAUAUUUAUUCAGUCAUUAUGCUUCAAAGACUGGACAAAAGAAAGGACAGAGUGGAAAUUUCACCUGAGCAGCUUUCAGAUGCCUCCACCCAGGCAGAGGUAAAAGCAUCUGAAUAGAGAAUGAAUUACAGUUUAUAGAGUCUUGUAUUUACCUUGUGAUUAUAUUAUAGUAACCUCAAAUACAUGUAUCAUCACAGUCAACUGGCAUUAUUGUUGUUAUCCUAGGACGUUGAGUUAGUGUCUUACAGGAGUUUGUUUCAGUCAAACAUUUCAUAAUGUUUGUGGGAAAGAAAGGCUACCUUCCCCUCUCAAACUUUCCCACCUUCCUCCCUCCUCCCCCUCUUGUGCCAGCCACCCACACUAAUGGUGAAGGACCACCCAGAUUUAUGGUAGGGACUAGAGGGGAGGGAGAGAAAAGGAAAGAGGAGAAUAAGGGUAGAAGGAAAGGCUUGGACCCUUCCCCUCUCACACUUUCUCCCCCUCCCCCUCCCUCUCCUCCUCCCCGUCUUGUGCCAGCCACCCAUACUAACUGGUGAGGGACCACCCAAAUUUGUGGCAGGGACUGGAUGGGAGGGAGAGGGAGAGAAAGACAAAGAGGGGAAAAAGGAUAGAAAGAAACGCUCCCUUCCCCUUCUCAUACCUCUUAUGGGUAGAAGGGCCUAUAACUUGUUGGCUUAUACAUGUAAGUGAGAGGGGCUUGUAAAGAGAGGUUAACAGUACACAUGUACAGAAUAGAUUAGAUAUUCAUUGUAGUUCAUGUUCUGGUGUCCUCUCAACAGAGACUUGGUAUGUUGACAUCAAAACAGCAACCAAUGAGAGUCAUUGGCUGGUACCAUUCUCAUCCUCAUAUCACUGUCUGGCCUUCACAUGUUGGUAAGUUAACUAUGUCGGAUCAUUAUAUGUUUCUGGGAAGCUGCCCACCUACCCCUCCUCUAAGCCAACAUUAACACUUACUUCUCACUUAGGGCAAAAUGUUGGCUUAGGGGAGGGGUAGGUGGGCAUUUGUAACCCAGAAACUGAUCUGCUAUUUUUAGGAAUUCAAAGUCACACAUGUUCCUAGGAGCCUGGAACUAGACUACAGUCAUGAUCUUGUUUAUCAUUAUCUUUGUCACCUAUAGUUUUAUUUUUCAUCAUUGCCCUCUUCACAUUUGUGACCAUCGUCAUCAUCAUCAGUUUCCUCAUAAGCAUUAACCCAUUAAGCCCCAGUAUCCACAUACAAAUUCUCCAAACUGAUCUCCAUACAUUUCCUUAAAGAAUUAGUUGAGAGAAUUUGAUAAUAGAUCAAGGCAUCUUCCUUUGAGUGAUCAUUUUAUCAAUUCUCAUAACUUAUCUUAUGACAGUGUAUGGAUAUUGUUAGGAGAAAAUUGAUCUUGGUAACCAUUGGGACUUAAAGGGUUAAGUCUGGUUACAUGUAUAUGGUCGUGAGAGGAACACUUUAAAAUUUGCUAUUUAUACUAAAAAAUUGUCUUUUGUUGUCAUCAUUGUUUUCACCAUAAUCCUCAUUUAAUACCCUUAUCAUGCUGAACAUGCACGUAUCUUUGCCUUUUUUCGUGGAUUUGUUAGAAAUGUGGAUUUUUCUAAGAGCAACCCGGAGAAAUAACUUUCAACUAAUCAUUGUGUUUUCUUUGUUGUGUUAAGAUCUGCGCACUCAAGCAAUGUAUCAAGUUAUGGAUGCAAGAUUUGUUGGCCUUAUCUUUUCUUGUUUCAAUACUGAUCCCAAUUUGGUGAGUUCACUUGACAUUGUGUGUCUUAACCCUUUCAGCCUGAAAGAC